AUGACGUCUACAAAAACCCUGCAACAAGGUGUCCUUCUCCUCCUGGAGCUGAACCCAGCUGAAGACCUGAGGAAGAUGAGGAGGAUCAUAGCUGAAGAUCCAAACUGGUCCCUGAAUACAGUGCCUUGUUUAUCAAACCUCUGCCUGCAAAGCAUUGUGGGAAACUUUGAGGAAAAGCCCAUAUUUGAAGAGCUUACACCAAUCCAGAAAGACUUUGUGCAGGAGACACUGUCGACCUCCCUGCCCCUGCAUGUGACGGCCAACUUGAUCAGCGAUGGCGCCUACUGGAAGCGUCGCUGCGAGCAGCGGUGGGACAUCUGUGACGUCUCUCAUUACGACGACAGCUGGAAACGUAUGUUCUUCGAGAGGCACCUGGAGAACAUUAUUGAGCUGUUUAUCCCAGAUGUGACAGAGCCAAAAACGGUUCUAGAGAUGGUGCCUCUUUGUGAGAACUACGUCAAGAGGCUGGACAUCUCCCAGCUCCUGCCACCUAUCAAGGAGCCCGAGAAGGAGGAGGAUUUGGAGUACGGCUCAGAGUUGGUAAGUGACAAUGAGGACGAAGGACCGUCUGUGGACCACUUCGACUUUAACAUCCUGCUCAACAAGCUGACUAAACUGGAGGAGCUCCACUUAGUGUUCAGGGUCAAACACUGUGGCAUGAACUUUGAAUGGAAGAUGUUUGAGAUGACCGACAGAGAUUGUGAAUCCCUCGCCAAGGCCCUCAAGUCCUGCAAGACUUUAAAGCUUCUACGGCUCCAUCAAAGCCAUAUUGAUGAUAAAAAGUGCCGUCGGCUGGUGAAACACCUCUUGGACCACCCGUCCCUGAGGGAGCUCGACUUCUCUCACAACCUGAUUGGACACAGAGGAGCCAGAGCCGUCGGCAAGCUGCUCUCCAGGAGUAAACUGGAGACCCUCAACAUGUCUGACAACAAUAUCAGUGGCCGUGGAGCCAAAGCUAUAGCUCAUGCCUUGUCCAACAACCGCAACCUUCUGUCGCUCAAUCUGCGUCUCAACCAUGUGAGAGACGAGGGGGGGCAAGCUAUUGGCAAGGCCCUGAUGAGCAACAACACCCUGCUUCACCUGCACCUGGGAGGCAACGAGGUAACGGCGCCGACCGCCAUCGCGCUGUCUAAAGUCCUGUUUCAGAGUAUCACCCUGAAGAGCAUCAACCUCUCCUGCAACAACCUGGGUGUGGAUGGAGGUAAAGCUCUGGAGGAGGCGAUGUCUCACAACACCAGCGUAACAGAUUGUGAUAUCCGUCUGACGGAGAUUGACGAGCAGAGCGUUUCCGUCAUCAACCAGGUGGUUUUGACCAACCAGAGUUCAGAACAGAAGAGACGUCCUCGAGAGAGUAGAACCAAGUCAACAGCUUCUUUUUGAAAUACAAACCCAUCUUUAUUAGUCAUUGA